AUGAUAAGGUCUUUAGCACAGUCAUUGCCUCGGUUCGGACGAAGAUGGACGCCUCUCAACUUCACCAAUCCAAAUUUUACUCGGAUACCAGCCAGUCAGAAAAUCGAGGAGGAAACUAUUCCAGACUAUAUCGCUACUCGCUAUUAUCCUAUCCGGAUAGGAGAAAUUCUCAAGGAUCGGUACCAAGUUGUGGGAAAGCUGGGGUUUGGAGCUAGCUCAACCGUGUGGCUCGCACGCGAUAUGGACUACCGACGUUAUGUUACCGUCAAAGUUCUUAUCAACUCUACAUCGCUGGGUGAGCAACUGGACCAUGAGCUGAGCAUACAUAAACGUAUAGAAGGAGCUCGCCAGAACCAUCCCGGUCGCGACUAUGUCCGAUCUUUGCUGGACUCUUUUGAUAUCACUGGACCCGAAGACCAACAUCGAUGCCUUGUGCAUCCUCCACUAUGGGAGAGCAUACUCGCUUUUCUUUAUCGCAAUCCAGUACGAAGACUACCUAUACCAGUCUUGGCAGUUACACUUCACCGUCUAUUUCUUGCUUUGGAUUAUUUACAUACAGAAUGCAAGAUCAUCCAUACUGAUGUCAAAGCAGAUAACAUCAUGUUUGGAAUCGCUGAUGACUCUGUUUUUCAUGAUUUUGAACAAGCUGAACUUCAAGACCCUUGCCCUAGAAAGGAGCUUGAUGGAAGGAUAAUUUACACCUCUUGCCAACUCGGAGUGCCUAAGGAUGUUGGUGCGCCUGUUCUCUGCGAUUUUGGCUCAGCUGUGCUAGGCGGUGAAAAGCACUUAGAAGACAUUCAGCCCAAUAUCUACCGAUCACCAGAAGUGAUUUUGGAAGUUCCGUGGACAUAUAGUGUGGACAUAUGGAAUGUUGGAUGCAUGAUCUGGAAUAUUUUUGAGGGCCAGUCCUUGUUUAGUGGCCAGGAUCCGGAAUUCAAGACAUAUCGGAGUCGGGCUCAUCUGGCUGAAAUGAUACGGCUUCUUGGUCCGCCGCCAGCAAGCUUGCUUGCGCGGGGAAAUCUAUCACAGAAGUUCUUUACAGAAGAAGGUGAUCUCCACGCUGGAGUUUCGGUGGGCGUGCAUACCCCGCUGGAACAAAGAGAGACUAGUCUCGAGGGAGAGGAUAAGGAGCAGUUCCUUCGCUUGGUACGAAAGAUGCUGCAAUGGGAGCCAGAAAAACGAAGUUCUGCCAGAGAACUCGAAAUGGACGAUUGGAUUCAGAAGGGGAUACAAUAA